AUGACGAUCUCCUGCUCCUCCGACCCGCCGCCCGAUGCGUCACCAAGCAGCACUGCCAGCCGUCCUGCACAGCCCACACAGCAGGGGCUGCCUCGACCUGCGACAGCCUCGGCAGCGUCUCCGGCACCAGCACCUCUGCCAGCCAGCAAGGUUGGCACGAUGGCGAGGCUGGCGAGUGGUCGAUCAUUCCUUGCUCAUCGGCGGCAACUGAAUCCCCGCAUUCCGGCCGAUCCGCGUUCAACGCACACACCGGCUUCCCGAGGGCCGUCCCAAUCCUUUCGAACGAACAACUCCUCAUCGCAGCAUACUCGCCCACGACCACGGCAAGCUGGUGACCGGGCCCCGCCUCCGUCGCCGGCUGCGCCUCCACCCUUGCUGAGACUCUCGGCGUCUGGCCCUGGGCCAUCGGGGCCGCCUGGGGGAAACACGUCUGAGAAGGACACACCAUGCUCGGCACCAGUCUCUCGCCUGGCGCGCACGGCGUCCCGGCGCGGCAUUUCCAUCGAUGUCGCGCUCAGUAAUGUUCAAGCUCAAAAGCAGACAGCACCAGCAGCGAGUGCGGACUUGCCCACCCGCUUCGAUGCGUUGUCGACCCCACCCAACACCAACCUACUCAGUGUACCGACAUUCGCAGCCCCCAGAUACUCUGCAAGCACAGGGAGCUUUACGCCAAUGCCGUCUCCGACCUUCCGCCGCGGGCUGACCGUUGCCAUCAUGACGGGCGAUGGGGAGAUUGUUGCGGAGAGCGCACCAGUCACGCCUCGAGGGUUCCCUGACGACUCGGAGCCUACCCCACAAAUGCUCAACGGCCAUGAUCGCAAGAGCCCUGUGCCAUCAGGCAUGGGCACGUCCGGCGCUCCCAGGCAACGCGAGAUCAUCCUCUGCCGGUACUACCACACCGAAGGGCUAACGUGCACCUCGUCACCGUGCCGAUUCGUGCACUCUCUGGAAGGCCUGUCGCUGCGGGGCUCCUCUCUGAAGUCCGGGACGUCACCGGCGCCCUCGGGCCGCUCGUCCCCCGUUCACCCUCAACAGCAAGUGGAGAAGCGCACUCCGUCGAUGCCCAGCUCCCGACUGAGGCUCGUAUCGCACUCCGGUCGCCUCAGUGCGACACCAGCGGUGACCAUUUCGUCGCCUGAUCCGACUCGCGGCACGUUCGCCCGCGCGCAAGACGCCACCCCGUUAACGGAGCUGCAGCUCGAUGCAGACGCUCUUGCCACGAUCCAGUCGGGAGACCCAGUGUCCCUGCGCGACGCUGAGGGCAAGGAGAUUACGGGCCACGUCUUCAAGCUAAGCGGCGGAGGGAAAGGAGCCGGCGGCAAGAGUCGAACCAAGUACAAGACGGUCCCAUGCCGCGACUACGCAGAAAGCCACUGCGCGUAUGGCGACUAUUGUUCUUUCAUCCACGACCCUGCCAACUUGUACGACCCUAUUAAACAUGGCAAGAAGGAGCCCAAGCCGGACUCUUCGCCCUCGAACUCCUUCAAGCGUACCAUGUCCGAGCGACCCAGCAGCGACUCGUCCACCCCCAGCGACACCAUCCUCACCCCGCCGACCGAUGUCCCGCCAGCGCUCUCCCAGGUCGCACUGAAGGGUGUCCAGUCCAACUCGCAGUCGGGUGCUCCCAGCUCAGCAGGGGUCAAGACACCGUCGAUCGUGACUGACAUCCCGGCCGAGAUCGACCAGAAGAUCGUCCCCACGGGUGCUCCGCCUGUGUCAUCGGCUGCUGCGCACACGACGUACGAGGUCCCGUUCGAUGCCGUCGGCAAUGUCGCCCAGGGCCCUGUGUACACGAUGUCACCAGCCGAGUACGGCAGCGGUGUCACCUGGGUCGAGUGGAACCCUGCAUGGGGCACCGCUCAACAAUGGCCGACCCAACAGGUGCCGCAUACGCCGUGGCAGGUUCCCGUCUCGCCCGUCGGCAUUGCUAUGAGCCCAGUCUCGCCGCUUCCACCUGCUGCCCAAGAGUCCUCCGUCGUCUGGACUCCUGACGGCUUCCAGGUUCCGGACACGAGCGCUCGCACUCGUGGAUUCUGGAGGACAAAGCCGUGUCGCCUGUUCGCGCAGGGCAUCUGUCACCAUGGUGACAAUUGCAGCUUGUGA